CCUGUCCGUUUCACCUUCCUUGCCUACUACACUCCCACAGCUCCUUCCUUACCUUUCUCUGUCACUCCCUCAAUUUUGUCAGUUUGGCAUCCCAACAAUUAUUCCUUAAAACCGCUUCUUAACUGCCAUUUCCUCUCUCUCUUAAUUUUACUCUCUUCAAUUUCAAUUUCAAUUUCAAAAACCAAACAUUCAAUACACAAAUACACUGAAAAACCACUGAAAUUACAGUUACCUGCUUUAUUUUAGGGUUUAAUGACUAUCAUUUCCUUGCUGAAAUGGCCUAUACUUCAUUCUUAAGUAAUUUAUUGUUUGUUUGUUCAAUAAUUUUGUUAUUCAUUGUAAAUUCUUGUUUAUCAACUACUGAUUCUUAUGAUGAUGAUUUUUCAAUCAUCGGCGCCGAUGUGCUUUCAUUUCACGGCGAUUACACUCCGCCUUCUCCGCCGCCGCCGUCUCCUCCGCCUCAUCCGCCUUCACUUUCAUGUCAUGAGGAUCUUAACGGAGUUGGCUCUCUUGACACCGUUUGUAAGCUUGAUUCCAGCUUGAAUUUUACUCAUGAUGUGUAUAUAGAAGGAAACGGUACUUUAGAUGUUCUUAACGAUGUCGUUUUGAGAUGUGCUGUUAGAGGCUGUUCUAUUUUGAUUAAUAUGAGUAAGGAUUUUAGUUUAGGUAAUAAUUCUGUUAUUAUAGCUGGUACUGUAUCUGUUACGGCUUAUAAUGUUACUUUGAGUGAAAAUUCGUUGAUUAAUGUGACUGGUUUGGCUGGUGAGCCUCCUGGUCAGACUAGUGGGACCCCUACUGGAUUGCAGGGGGCGGGAGGGGGUUAUGGAGGACGAGGUGCGAGCUGUGUGACGGAUAAUACGAAAUUACCUGAUGAUGUUUGGGGAGGAGAUGCUUAUUCCUGGAAGGAUUUGCAUUGGCCAUGGAGUUAUGGAAGUAAAGGAGGGACUACUAGUAAGGAUGAGAAUUAUGGCGGCGGUGGUGGUGGAAGGAUUAGUUUUGUUGUUACCAGCUCGAUUGAGGUUGGAGGGAAUCUGUUGGCUGAUGGCGGCGCUGGUGGGUUGAAAGGCGGUGGUGGUUCUGGUGGCAGCAUUCGUAUCAAGGCUCAUAGAAUGACUGGAAAUGGUAAGCUAAGUGCUUCAGGGGGUGAUGGAUUUGCUGGCGGCGGUGGUGGGAGAGUUGCUAUUAAUGUUUUCAGCAGACAUGAUGAUACAGAAUUCUUUGCUCACGGGGGGAGGAGUUUUGGCUGUCUUGGGAAUUCAGGUGCUGCCGGGACAUGUUAUGAUGCUGUUCCUCGGAGCCUCAUUGUUAGCAAUAACAACAUGUCAACCAACACUGACACACUUCUGUUGGAAUUUCCCAAAUUGCCACUCUGGACAAAUGUGUAUAUUCAGGAUCAUGCCAAGGCUUCUGUACCAUUGUUUUGGAGUAGGGUCCAGGUACAAGGACAAAUUAGCUUGUCUUCCGGUGCAGUUUUAAGUUUUGGCCUUGCACAUUAUGCCUCUUCAGAAUUUGAGUUGAUGGCAGAAGAGCUUCUAAUGAGCGACUCAGUUAUUAAGAUAUAUGGGGCUCUUCGUAUGUCUGUCAAAAUACACUUGAUGUGGAAUUCUAAAAUGCUUAUAGAUGGAGGCGGUGAUGCAAUUGUCGCGACUUCUUUACUUGAGGCCAGCAAUUUAGUUGUGCUCAAGGAAUCAUCCGUGAUACAUUCAAAUGCAAAUUUAGGAGUUCACGGGCAAGGCUUUCUGAAUUUGUCUGGGCCAGGAGAUAUGAUUGAAGCUGAACGCCUAAUUUUAUCAUUAUUUUUUAGUAUCAAUGUUGGCCCCGGUUCUGUUCUUCGAGGUCCCUUGGAGAAUGCCAGUGAAAGUGAAAAUGACAUGGCUCCACGACUCUACUGUGACUUUGAAGACUGCCCUGUGGAGCUAAUUCAUCCUCCUGAAGACUGUAACGUGAACUCUUCAUUGGCCUUCACUCUUCAGAUCUGUCGAGUUGAAGAUGUAAUUCUGGAAGGCAUGGUGACAGGAUCUAUUGUUCAUUUUCACUGGGUUAGAACUGUAUUCGUCCAAUCUUCUGGAGCAAUCAGUGCAACUGGUCUUGGAUGUACAGGUGGGCUGGGCAGAGGAAAAAUUUCAGACAAUGGUUUUGGUGGUGGUGCUGGUCACGGUGGCAAAGGGGGGGAUGGAUAUUACAAUGGCUCUUUUAUUGAUGGCGGUGUUUCAUAUGGUGAUGCCGGAUUGCCUUGUGAACUUGGUAGUGGUAGUGGAAAUGGUACUCUGGCAGGGGCAACUGCUGGUGGUGGUAUAAUAGUUAUGGGUUCUGCUGAGCAUGCACUGUCAAGUUUAUCUGUUUAUGGUUCGGUUAGAGCUGAUGGAGAAAGCUCUGGAGGAGAAAUUAAGAAAAAGGAUGGCAGGGUGCUUUCGAACAUAGGUCCCGGGGGUGGGUCUGGUGGAACCAUUCUUUUGUUUAUUCAUACAUUGGCACUUGGCAAUUCUUCUAUCAUCUCAACUGUUGGAGGGCAUGGCAGUCCAGAUGGAAGUGGUGGUGGAGGUGGUGGAAGAGUUCACUUUCACUGGUCAGAUAUUGCGGUUGGAGAUGAGUAUCUACCAAUUGCAUCUGCUAAUGGAAGCAUUCAGACCGGGGGAGGAUUUGGCAAAGGUCAAGGUCGUGGUGGUGGUAAUGGGACUGUUACUGGAAAGGCAUGUCCCAAAGGGCUUUAUGGUAUCUAUUGCAAGGAAUGCCCUGUUGGGACUUAUAAGAAUGUUAGUGGAUCUGAUAGAGCACUUUGUCAUGAUUGCCCAUUGUAUGACCUUCCAAGUCGUGGCAUACACAUUGAUGUUCGAGGUGGUGUCACUGAAAGGCCUUGUCCAUACAAGUGUAUUUCGGAUAGAUAUCACAUGCCAAACUGCUACACAGCCCUUGAAGAGCUGGUAUACACAUUUGGUGGUCCAUGGCUAUUCAGUUUUAUCCUCUUGGGUCUUCUUGUCCUAUUAGCCCUGGUACUUAGUGUUGCACGGAUGAAAUAUGCUGCCGGAGAUGAAUUACCAGCUCUUGGGCCACCUCGACGUGGCUCUUCGAUUGAUCACUCCUUUCCAUUCCUGGAGUCGCUGAAUGAGGUAUUGGAGACAAAUAGAACUGAGGAAUCCCGGAAUCAUGUGCACAGAAUGUAUUUUAUGGGUCCAAAUACUUUUAGCGAACCUUGGCAGCUACCUCAUUGUCCUCCUGAACAAGUUAUUGAAAUUGUAUAUGAGGAUGCGUUCAAUAGAUUUGUGGAUGAGGUUAAUGGUUUAACUGCUUAUCAGUGGUGGGAAGGAUCAAUUUUCAGCAUUCUUUCUAUUCUUGCAUAUCCACUUGCAUGGUCCUGGUUACAGCAGCGUCGCAAAAAGAAAUUGCAACAACUUCGUGAUUUUGUUCGAUCAGAAUAUGACCAUGCUUGCUUACGCUCUUGCCGUUCACGUGCUCUGUAUGAAGGGCUGAAGGUGUCUGCAACUCCUGAUCUAAUGCUUGCUUAUGUGGACUUUUUUCUUGGUGGAGAUGAAAAGAGAGUUGAUCUUCCUCCUCGUCUUCAUCAAAGGUUUCCGUUGUCUUUAGUUUUUGGAGGAGAUGGAAGUUAUUUGGCUCCUUUCUCCCUUCACAGUGACAACAUUCUGACUAGCCUUAUGAGUCAGUCUGUUCCUCCAACCAUUUGGUAUCGAUUAGUGGCUGGACUAAAUGUUCAACUACGACUAGUUCGAGCUGGUCACUUGAAGGCUACAUUUGGUCAUGUUAUUAGUUGGCUCGAGUCGCAUGCAAAUCCUGCUUUAAGUGCAUAUGGUCUACGCAUUGAUCUUGCAUGGUUUCAGCCUAUAUCCUCUGGAUAUUGCCAGUUUGGGCUUAUGAUAUGUCAAACCAAAAAAGAGAACAUUUCACAGCCAACUGAAAGUCAAGAUGGACGUGUCUUACCUGGUGGACAGCCAUGUUUGCCUAAAGUUCAUAGAGUAAAUCAAACGGACUACUUGAAAGUAAGUGGACAGACAAUGUCACUUAGAGGGAUAUCUGGGGGGAUUUUGGAUGUGAAGAAUUUACGGACAUUAAAGUUGAGGAGGACCAUAUGUAGUCCUUUCUCUUUCAUUCUUUACAAUACUAAACCUGUUGGUCAUCAGGAUCUUGUCGGUCUUUUCAUUUCCAUACUCCUACUAGCAGAUAUUAGCAUAGUUCUUCUUACUUUACUGCAGAUGUAUUCUAUUUCACUGCUCAGUUUUCUAUUGGUUUUAUUUAUCCUUCCUCUGGGCAUACUAUUUCCAUUCCCAGCUGGAAUCGGUGCAUUGUUUAGUCAUGGACCUAGGCGAUCAGCUGCUUUGGCCCGAGUAUAUGCUUUGUGGAACAUAACAUCCUUGAUCAAUGCUAUGGUUGCCUUGACAUGUGGAUUUGUACAUUAUAUGAUCUACGCGAGUAAAAGACAUUUGAACUUUCAGUCCUGGAAUUUUAAUGUGGAUGAAAGCGAAUGGUGGAUGCUUCCAUCUGGAUUGGUGCUGUGUAAAAUAAUCCAAGCAAGACUUAUCGAUUGCCACAUAGCUAAUCAAGAAAUUCAAGAUCAAUCUUUGUACAGUAAUGACCCAGAAGUUUUCUGGCAAUCGUGAAGGCGUCCAUAAAAUAGGUAUAAACUGAGUUUGAUAUUAUUUUUUUUACAUUAAUUUUAUUGUAUAUGAUUCUAGAAUGCCUGUUUCUGUGUGUUUAGUUUACCCAUCCUUAAAAGUAAAUCAAAAAAAGAAAAAUUAGGGAGAGUCCAUUUAGUGAAGCGUAGACGAUGGUCAUUGUAUUAUAUGUAGGAAAAAAAUGUUUUUGAUCAUUUGAGGAUACAAGAGUUUAUAACUUUUGACAGUCUAGUUACUGUGUCAUGAGCAGUUUUUUUGACAGUUGAUUCAGUGUGUAUUUUGUAAUUUAAUGGCUAUAGUAGUGGUUGUAAAUGAGUGUAUAUCUGAUUGUGAAUUAUUGUUAUGUUGAGGGUUUAAUUGAUAGGUUCAUUUUAGAUGUAAA